AUGCUCCGCCGCCGCCACCAGCGCCUUCCCUUAUGCCUCGCCCACGCGCACUUUCGUGUCCUCUCCGCCCAGGGCAUGGCCGCCGCCGCGGGGGCGCUCCACGCGCAGUGCCUCCAUGGAAAUGUUGAGCUUGCUGUAGUGAUUGUGCAGAAACUGAUGGCUCUUGACCCCAGCAAUCACGACGCUGAAGAUGGGAAUUGGCAGGCAGACGUGACAAUGGACAGGUGUGAGGUGAUGCUGGAGGCUGGAAUCAAGAAGACAGCAGCGCGGCAUGAGUGGAUUGGAUCAUUGGAUGCCAUCUUGCCUUCACCGUCUCAAGCGGACGGAGUCAGAUGCGAUCAGAGGUACCUUGAUAUGGGCGUGAGUUCCAACUCCAAGCAUUGCGACUCUAGUUCAGGUAGAAGCCAACCAAUUGGCCGGCCACCACCAUGGUGGCUCGGUGUUGGGUUCGACUUGGCCCAGGCCACCACCAUGGCGGCGUGGGAUGGGACGACGCUCAACGUCCUCCACAGCGAGCGCAGAGAGGGCGACGAGGUGGCGCGGCGUCACGAGAAGGCCCGAUUUGCUGCUUGA